AAUUGAUACAAGCUAUUCGUUGUGUGAUUCGUAUUGACGACUAGCUACUUGCUGACCACACUUUUGCAAAUACACUGAACCACUUUUUCAUUUUCUAGGGUUUCUAAAAUUCAAGCAUCUUUCCUUUCUCAGUGUGCAUAUAGGUUAUCUAGAGAGGGCUCAGACACGGAGAAAAUUCAGAUUGAUUGACUUUCAGGAUGGCAGACAAGAAGAUCUAGGUUCUUCAAGUGAAUUGAGUACUGCGUUUUUUCCCCACUAUUGACCUUCGUUUGUGUGAUAAAUCAUCAAGGGGAAUUGGAGAUAGAUUCAAGAAGAUGGGAGAACCAUACAACAGAAAAGAAAUAUCAUCAAGAGUUCAUUUAACAACUUUCGACUGCUGAUGAAAGUAAAUAAUUAAGAUGAUAAGGAAUCAAAGCAACAAAGAUCUUUCAACUAAACAAGAAGGCAAUCACAAAGCUCCCCCAACAAGCUCAAGGAUAUUGUCAGCGCUAAGAAACCCUAGAAUUGUUCGUGUUUCGCGCGAAUUUGGAGGUAAAGAUCGACACAGUAAAGUAAGCACUGUGAGAGGAUUGAGGGACCGAAGAGUCAGGCUCUCGGUUCCGACAGCAAUCCAAUUGUAUGAUCUUCAAGAUAGGCUAGGGCUUAAUCAACCUAGCAAAGUUGUGGAUUGGUUGAUCAAUAAAGCUCAACAUGAGAUCAAUAAACUUCCUCCUUUAAAAUUUCCACCCCAAGGCUUGAAUCAAGGUGAUGGCGACCAUUCUAAGGGUAAUGAUAUUGUAAAUGCACAGGUCUUAUCUCAUGAAGUUCACCAGAGGGAUAAUAGCUCCUAUUAUCAAUUGGAAGCGAUAAAUGCGUAUUUAUCUCAACAUGGAAUUCGAUCAUCUCAGUCCAAUGAAGCUCACGCUAUGGUGUUCCCAUCAAUGUUUCAAUCGCAUUCUGCUAACCCAAUGAUGGACUUCAAUGCGAAAGAGUACUUUAACGAGUUUGAGAUGGCAAGAUCAGUAUCACAAAUGCCACAAUCUAAUAUGGAGAUAAAUUCUGUUCAUUUAAACAGCUCUCAACCAAGGUCUUUCCAAUAAAUUAUAAGUUGAGGGUAACUCUAAAUGCUGCUUGUUUUCAUGUGAAGAAUGUGCAAAUAAAGAAGAAUGGUAAGAAUAAUAUCCUUUCACUUUCAAAGUUCAUGUGUUUCUAUAUACUGAAUCCUUUUUGUUGUCUUCUUUUGAUAAGUGAGGGUGACAGCAAAUUUGCUUUGUAUAGAAAUAAAGUUUCGAGGUCUCAGAUUGCAGCGGCAUUAUUCCGGAUGCACUUUGUUCGUGUAUAUGAGCAAUCUACUUCAGAUUAUUGGUCUGAUGAAUAAAUAUGUUAUUGAUAUUGUAUCAAGUUCUUGAAAUAACUACCAUGAGAUUUUUCUCAA